UUGUGUGCGUGUGUGUGUGUCCUCCCCCCUUCUCUCUCUCUCUCUCUCUAACUCAUUUCCUGAAUCCCUCCUCUGAUCUCUGAUCUCUGCUCUCUGAUUCUCAGCGACAUGAAUGGAAACUAAACGCACACUAACUAACUAACCAGCAGGACAUGAAGACAGACGCUCAACUCCAGCCCGCCGCGUUCUGACGACAACCACCGAUGGGCUGAGGGGCGUAGGCGGGGCCAGGAUGAGUGCCGAGGCGCUAUUGGAGGAGACGCUCAUCAAGCGCUCGCAGCAGAAGAAGAGGACGUCGCCGCUUAACUACAAGGAGAGGCUGUUUGUCCUCACCAAGAGCCGGCUGACGUACUACGACGGGAGAGCAGAGAUUCAGAAGAUCCAUCUGCGUUCGUUUCCGUUUUGGAAAAAUGGAAACGCCCACUCAGCCGACAAGAAGUUCAGGAGAGGAUCGAUCGAGCUGAGCAGCAUCAGAUGUGCCGAGAUCGUCAAGAACGGAGGAGGAAUCAUCCCCUGCCAGAACAAAUACCCCUUUCAGGUGGUGCACGAUACCAACACGCUCUACGUAUUCGCUCCGAGUCACGACAGCAGAAGUCUCUGGGUGCAGAGCCUCAAAGAGGAGAUCAAAGACAACCCUGUGGUCUCGGCCAAGUUUCACCCUCAGUUCUGGCAGGAAGGGGCGUGGCUCUGCUGUCGCCAGGCGGAAAAACUGGCUCCGGGCUGCGAGGAGUACAACCUGUUUGGAGACAUUUCCAGAAAACCUCUCCCCCCGAUUCCUGGAGAGGAACGCAACAACGAGAGGCAGCAGCGGCGGCCCGCUCCACCCCUCCCUCCGGCCGCUGAGGGUGACAACGAUGAGGAGGAGGAAGAGGAGGUGGUGGUGGCGCUGUUCGACCACCCGGGCACCGAGCCGCACGACCUGAGUCUGGUCAAAGGAGACGAGUACGUCAUCCUGGAUAAAUGUGACGUCAACUGGUACAAAGCACGCAACAAGUACAGCGAGGAAGGCUACAUCCCAAGUAACUAUAUAACAGAGAAGACAUCCGGAAACCUGGUGCAGUUUGUUUGGUACAGUAAACAAGUCAACAGGAACCAGGCAGAGGAGCUGCUGAGGAAAGAGGACAAAGAAGGAUCCUUCAUCGUCAGAGACUCCAGCACUCCAGGAGCCUACACCGUCUCUCUCUACGCCAAGUCUGCUGCAGGAGACGGGGUAGCAGCUAUCAAACAUUACCACAUCAAGGAGACACAAGGCUCGCCUCAACAGUUCUACCUGGCUGAGAAGCACCUGUUCAGCUCCAUCCCCGACCUCAUCGAGUACCACAAACACAACGCAGCAGGUCUCGUUGCCAGGUUGAGGUAUCCUGUAGGGAAACAGGACAAGUCUGCUCCGUCCACCGCCGGCUUCAGUUACGAGAAGUGGGAGAUCAACCCCAGCGAGCUGACCUUCAUGAAGGAGCUGGGCAGCGGUCAGUUCGGUCUGGUGAGGCUCGGCAAGUGGAGGGCUCGGCACCGAGUCGCCAUCAAGGCCAUCAGAGAGGGAGCCAUGUACGAGGAGGACUUCAUCGAGGAGGCUAAAGUCAUGAUGAGACUGUCUCACCCUAAGCUGGUGCAGCUGUACGGAGUCUGCAGCCAGCAGAAGCCCAUUUACAUCGUCACGGAGUUCAUGGAGCACGGCUGCCUGCUGAACUUCCUCAGGCAGCGACGGGGCAGCUUCAGCCUGGGGUCCUUGCUGAGCAUCUGCCUGGACGUCUGCGAGGGCAUGGAGCACCUGGAGGCCAACGGCUUCAUCCACAGAGACCUGGCGGCCAGGAACUGUCUGGUGAACGACUCUCUGGUGGUGAAGGUGUCUGACUUUGGCAUGACCAGAUACGUGUUAGACGACCAGUACACCAGCUCAUCAGGUGCCAAGUUUCCAGUGAAGUGGUCGCCUCCCGAAGUCUUUAACUUCUGCAAAUACAGCAGCAAAUCAGACGUCUGGUCUUACGGUGUGUUGAUGUGGGAGGUUUUCACCGAGGGUCGCAUGCCGUUCGAACAGAGUCAGAACCACGAGGUGGUUACCUUGGUAACCAAGGGUCUCCGCCUCUACAGGCCCAAACUGGCCACGCCCGCCAUCUAUGACAUCAUGGAGCUCAGUUGGCACGAGAGACCAGAUGAGCGUCCGUCGUUCUCUAUGCUCUGCCUGAUGAUCUACGACGCUCUGGAGGGUGACACCCCUCCCCCAAACUGAUCAAAUAACCAAUCAGGUGCUUCCACCAUCCCCACGCCAUGUUGGCCCCUAGCUCCCGCUGCGUGGUAACCUGCCAUUCCUCAGGGUGUUACGGCAGUUAUCAUCUAAAGUACACCACGAUGACAACAUGGACAACAUGCUGUAAUGGUGAUUACGGUGUCUGGAACUGACCAAUCAGAUGGAGAGGAUGGACCAAUCAUCAUCCACCAAUCACGUUUGUUUAUCCAACCAAGUCACCAGUACGGCUCACAACCCAGACCUUAAACUGAAGCUGCGUCCACAACACCAACCCGACGCUCAUGUUGGAUUCGUUUUAGGACGACAACUGAACAUGAACUGACUGCGAUGUAGGAAACUUGAUGGACACAUCAGCUCAGUACUUUUCAAACAAAUGUUUCUCCUCCCUGUCUGUGGAUCCGCCUCGCUGCUUCGUUUCCUCCCAGUCAAACAUGAAGUCCUUUAGUCAGAGAUCUGUCAGUGUUAAAGAGAACGGUGUCAGCUAACAAACGUAGAACAACACACAAUAUCAAGCUUCAUUUUCCUUCCAGAAAGGACUCGGUUGUGACUCGUUUCUUUGUUUCAUUCCACUUUAGUCCAAUGACUCAUUUAGCCGCAGUGCAAAUCUGUUUAUAUGUAACUUCAGUUACAUCCAGCACAUGAAUAUUAAUAGUACUGCACCAUCUUAGAUUUGCUAUGUAAAGUGUCUGAGGGCUGAAUUCACAAAGAAUGGGUUGCUGCCGCUGCCGCUGUUAUCACCAUGAAUUAAUGUGCAUCAUUUGCAACCGUCACAAGGUCCAAGUCACGCCGAUAAAGUUUUGCAGCUUUUGAGUCCAACUCAUAUUUUCAUAUUUAAAAACGACAGAGAGGAAUCAUAUUUGGGAUUUAAUAUCCCAGUCCGUCAGUGCUGUUGGUGUUUUCAAACGCAUUCUUUCAGACUGUAUAAUAAUAAUAUUUUUUAUUUAUAGAGCACUUUUCAAGCUAUAAGCACAAAGUGCUUUCCAAGGUGAGGAAAUUCAAAAACAUGAGCGAUACUCGGGACAAAAGCAAGAGGUAAAAUAUUUAUCGGAUCGGAUAUCAGGCCGAUACUGAAUCAAUGGGGUCAAUCCAUUCAACUCAAAUCUAUGUUUAAAUACUAUAUCCGUUAUUCACUGCUAUUUUAAUUUCCGUUUAAGUUUUGACUAAUUAGUUGCUGCAAUAAAAAAGGUUUACACUUGAAUUAUAAUUCCUGCAAAUUUUGAGGAUUUUCUUACCAAGUUGCUGGUGCAUGAUUUAUCAUUUUAGUAAUAAAGAACAAUUAAAUAAAAA